CCACAUGUCUGAAAAGGUAUUGCGUCACGAAUAUGAAUUUAUGUAAAAGUUAUGCUUAUUCUAGAAUUCUGAAAUCAUCUUGUCUUUUUGAAUACAAAUAUAAAUGGAAGUUAUUAAACCAAUGUCGACCAGUAUCAACUGUUCAAGCUCUUCAGGAUAGAUCUAAUAGAAAAUGGGGACCUGUGGGAUAUUUUUUACUUAUAAUACCCGUAACAACAUUUGGUUUAGGAACUUGGCAAAUUUAUAGGAGAAGAUGAAAAUUAAAGUUAAUUGAAGAAUUAGAAAGAAAAACAACUGCUGCACCAAUAAGUUUACCAGAAGAUUUAAGAGAAAUAAAGGAUUUAGAAUAUAGGAAAAUUCACGUAAAAGGUAGAUUUGAUCAUUCUAAAGAAAUGUAUAUCACUCCUCGUUCAUUGAUAAUUUCUGGUGGAAAGGAGUCUAGGACAAAUUUUUUUUCUCCUGGACAAAGUGGAAGUUUUGUUGUUACACCAUUUAUAUUAUCGGAUAGAAAUUUAACUAUACUUGUAAAUCGUGGCUGGGUUCCAAAGAAAAAGACUUUCUCUUCCACAAGAGAAGAAGGACAGAUUAAAGAUGAAUUGGAAAUUGAAGGUGUUGUUAGACUUACUGAAAAGCGUCCACCAUUUGCAAUUAAACAGACUGCAAAUCCUCCAUUUUGGUAUCAUAGAGAUGUUGAUGGCAUGGCUUAUUCUGUAAGGGCUGCCCCUGUAUUUAUAGAUGCAGUAGCAGAGAGUACUGUUCCUGGUGGUCCCAUUGGUGGUCAAACAAGAGUGACAUUAAGGAAUGAACAUUUUUCUUACAUUAUAACAUGGUAUUCCUUAUCAGCAGCAACAAGCUUUUUAUGGUAUAGGAAAUUUAUUCUUGGAAAACCUCUACUUUAAAAUAUUAGAAAUAAUAUACUUUGUAUCUGAAAAUAUAUGUUUAUUUGUCAAUAAAAUAGGCUUACUUAGACUUAAAUGGUAAUUUUUUUAAAUCUAAUAUUUUACAUGAAGUUGGAUUGUAAAUAUUAUUAUUGAAAUUUAAAAUAAAAGUUAUUAAUCAGCAUAAAAGAAUUACAUAUGAAAUUUCUUAUAUAGUAUCUUUCAUUCUAAAAAAUGGAGACUUUCCUAUUUUUGAAAAUAUUAGAUAAUUUCUGUUUAGUAAUCCUGCAAGUAAGCCUACACUAAUUCCUACAUUGAGUGUAUUUUUUCAGUUAUUGACAUACUGUAAUGGAUAAAAGAAACUGUUUGAUAUCUGCAUUUAAUUUGUCAUAACUUAAGAAUUAAGCAUAAACAAUUUCUUAUAAUCACUGAUUACUAGGAA